AUGUAUAACCCACCGCGAUACUUGGACGAGUGGAAGAAAGGGACGAUAGGCACCCUGUCAGGAUCUCUUCUAGAUCUUGACCAGGAGGCUCAAGCCGCCGCGGCCGCGGGCAACGAUCAGGCUUGGUGGGAAACACCUCCGUCGAAGCGGCGAGGGAGCAUGUCAUCCAGACCUAGAAAAGCCGAGGCAUUCGAUGGUGAAUAUGAUGAGACCCAGGCCCCCACACGAUUCAAGCCUGCUCUUUAUUUGAAAUGCGGCCCUUUGCUGAGAUAUUGCGGUAUCCGUCAUGAACGCGUUCCGACUAGAUCAGCUCGAAAUGGAGCCGUUGCUGAGAGGGAGAUCUGGAGAGGUACAGUCAUGAUUGUAACCCAAGACAAGGACUCGUCGUACGAUAUCGCCCCGACGUUGCGGCUCUUCGUGCAGCCGAUAGAGCUUCUCCCACCGCCGCCAACAGAAAUUCAGGAUGGGCAAGGUUUGCCACCAGAAUAUGUAGAUCCGAUCUCAGGCCAUCCCAAGCUGGGCCGUAAAGGAGAAACCCUCUACGUUCGGCCUGUGGAGCACUUGGAGGAGAUGAAGGACCUUUCGCGAGAUGAGACGGAUGACGGUCUAUUCGAGAAGAGCCGCAGUCCACCUGAUGUACCACCGCCAGAUGGCUCCUCCGAAGUACCGGGCUCCUUUGCGUACCGCAGGAAGCGCACGCCUAUAGACGGCGAGAAAGUUGGCAAGUAUAAGGACGUUAGAGGCUACCGUCUACAUACCGAGCGAGGCUAUACUUUCUGGCGUUUCAGCAUCGAGGUAGAACUGCGAGAGAAACAGCAAAGAAUCGCCUAUAGGAUCAAUCGUGGGCCUGCAACUGGUUUCUGGGUCCCAGCUAAAGGCCAGACGAUGAACAUUAUGUUCCACAGCUGCAACGGAUUCAGCCUCAGCGUCAACCCGGACGAGCUCAGUGGCCCGGAUCCGCUUUGGCGUGAUGUCCUGAACAACCACCAAACCCAGCCUUUCCAUGUCAUGAUCGGCGGAGGUGAUCAACUCUACUGUGACGCUGUCAUGCGACAAACCAAAUUGUUCCAGGAGUGGCUGAUGAUCAAGAAUCCCUUGCAUAAGCACAAUGCGCCGUUCACGGCUGCAAUGCAGGAUGAGCUUGAAAACUUCUACCUCGAGAGAUACUGCAUGUGGUUCUCACAAGGCUUGUUUGGGUUGGCCAACUCCCAGAUUCCAAUGGUCAACAUGUACGAUGACCACGACAUCAUCGAUGGUUUUGGUUCGUACCCGCAUCACUUCAUGCACUCGCCCGUCUUCCGUGGUCUUGGAAACGUUGCAUUCAAGUAUUACAUGUUGUUUCAGCACCAGAGCGUUAUCGACGAAACGGAGGAGUCUGAGCCGAGCUGGACCUUGGGGAUACAGCCUGGCCCCUACAUUCAUGAGCUCAGUCGCAGCGUGUUCUUGUCUUUGGGGUCACGCGUUGCUCUACUAGCGGUAGACUGCCGAACAGAGCGGACACGCGACGAAGUCAUCAGGGAUGAGACAUGGAAGAAGAUAAUGGAUCGCGCUUAUGCCGAGAUCGUGAAAGGCAAGACAGAGCAUUUGCUCGUACUUCUUGGAGUUCCUAUUGCGUAUCCGCGACUAGUAUGGUUGGAGAACAUCCUGACAUCACGUCUAAUGGACCCCAUCAAAGCGUUGUCAAAGACGGGCAUUUUUGGAAACGUUCUGAACAAGUUCGAUGGUGGGGUCGAAGUCUUAGAUGAUUUGGACGACCAUUGGACUGCCAAGAAUCACAAACAUGAACGAAGUAUCGUGCUUGAGGACUUGCAAGACCUUGCUGCGGACAAGUCUGUUCGCAUCACUAUUCUUAGUGGCGAUGUUCAUCUUGCAGCAGUCGGCCAGUUUUUCUCGAACCCCAAGCUUGGCCUAGCGAAACAUAAGGAUUUCCGUUACAUGCCUAAUGUUAUUUCUUCAGCGAUUGUCAACACCCCACCUUCAGAUCUUUUGGCCGACGUCUUGAACAAGCGGAACAAGGUCCACCAUUUUGACAAAGAUACUGACGAGGACAUGAUGCCCAUAUUUGGUCACGGUGUCGAGGGUAAGCCGCGAAACAACAAGCGUCUGUUGCCUCACCGAAAUUGGUGCUCUAUCCGCGAAUAUGUCCCAGGCAACACGCCACCAUCCUCUCCUCAAUUGUCCGCAUAUGACAACUCCCCUGUGACAACUCCUGGAGGAGCAGGCAAAGUUAUGCGGCGGCUCUCAAAGAGGAACCGGGGACCUGCCUACCGCCCCGAUGUCAUUGAUUCCCGACCACCCGUCUCCGGUGGUGGUGGCGGUGGAGGGCUGUUCCGCUCUUUCUCGCGUGGCCGUUCCAGCUCUGAGUCUGGACGCCCUGGCAUGCUCACCCGUACAUUGUCCCUUACACGCGGCGAUUUCAGUCUCUUCCGGCGUAAUGGCAGAAAUAAUUCACACCCUGACGAUGGUGGAAUCAACGGCACGUGGGGAGACAGCGACGAAGAUGAUCGCAUGACCCCUGCAUAUCCUCCUCCGCGUCGUCCUCAGGGCGUUGAUCUGCGGGGCGGUUCCGGUGGUUUCAACGACGAGUACUCCGAUGGAGAUGACUCGUACUUCACAACACGCGCUCCGCGGAACACCAGCGUGAACAAGGCCGCGAGAAUUCUGGGAACUGACCCCACGAGGCCAGCUACGAGCGGCGGACCCGCACCUGAGUCUGCCGAGUCCUUCCAGCCCCGUCCGUUCCACCGCACGCCUACUGGUCUGUCGACGAAGCAGAAGAAGCGUGCUGAGGAGUACGAGGUAAAUAUUGAAGGCGGUCUUGAUAUCUGCCUCAAUGUGGAAGUCAGUGCGAAGGAUCCUACUGGUAUUACCGUGCCAUACCGCCUCCUGGUGCCGAAGCUGUGGUAUGAAUACACUAACGAGGAGCCUGAGAUGGAAGAGAAGAAGGAGAGUGGCAUUAGGAGGCUGCUCAGCCUGAACCGAAAUAAGCCGGCACCCGUUCGAGGUAACGAGGUUGAAGGCUAG